AUGGCCAAUAUGUAUGCUCUCCUUGCGAUAUCGGCACACGGCCUUGCUUGUGCCCCAGAUGACUCAUCAGAGACCCUCGAAUACUGGCGGCAACUUAGCACUCAGACAAGUACGCAAGCAAAAGAUCGCGAUGCUGCAUUCAUAGACAUCCAUCACAUCGUCGACGUAGACUCGGAGAAUCCAUGGAUUCACAUUCCGAACUCGUCGAUAGAAGAAAAUGACAAGCGCUGCAUUCAAGGCCCGAAUCAUGCAGUCAAUAGGCUUCUACUGAGAUUGGGGCCCCUCACUUAUCCUUUCGGACUGAAGAGAGUUCGAUUUGCUUGGAGAGGAUUCUGUAUCUUCGCGGGGGUCCUUAAGAUUCAAGCGCUGCAGGAUUUCGAUGUUGCACUUGCAUUCCGAAAUCAAGCUGGACCAGGUACUGUUUGGCCAGCAUUCAUGGCUGGCUGUGAGGCUCUCACUGAAGCCCGCAGAGACAGGUUGAAGCAAUGGAUCGAGAAAGGCUUCGCAACUUCUGGAUUUUUUGCACUCAAGGUUGCUCGGAAACCAUGGUUGAUGUAUGGACCACACGUGAUGCUGUAG